AUGCAGGACUGUAAAUGCACAAUUUUCCAAUAUGACGAAACUGAAGAUGAAUGGCAAAAAUACGCUGAAGUAGAACAUAAUGCAGAAGCACGCGGCAUAGUUCUUAUGGAAGACAAUAUUAUUUACAUUGGCGGUUACCAAAAUGGCAAAGCAAUUAACGGUGUUAAAAGCUGGAGCUUAAAAACGAAAACGUGGAGGACGUUGCCUUCAAUGAUUCAGUCAAGAUAUUGGCCAAGUGUUGUACUAUUAAAUGGAAAUGUAUACGCAAUUGGUGGACGUAGCUCAGAUGGAGAAUGUACAAAGUCUGUGGAAAAGUAUUCACCCGGUAGCGAAUGGGAAUUAGUUAGCAGUAUGAUUACGCCACGAAGUGAAGCUGGUGCCGUGGCUUUGAAUGGCAAAAUUUUUGUUAUGGGAGGCUUUAAUGGAAACCGUUUAAAAUCCGUUGAAUGUUACGACCCAUCUUCGAAUACUUGGACACAGUGCGAGGAUAUGAAUGAAGCUCAUAAUUGGCCUGGGGUAAGUACAGAAAGGAAAAAUCAAAGUAUACAAAUGUAUUUACGUAUUUACGUACAAGUACAGGGUGGGCCAAAUAAGACCUACCAUCAAUAGUUCAUAGGUCCAUAGUUUGCCUAGCAGUGUGCGCAGUCGCUCCAUCUUGUUGGAACUACAAAUUAGGAUGCUGCUCUGCCGUUGGCCGCAACAAGUUGUCAAUCAUUGUUCUGUAAGAAGCCCCAGAAAUCGUUUCUGGCGUUUCGCACCAAACAGUGCAACUGGAUUGGUGUAACUGGUGCUGGUGUGUUGCCCUUGGAUUUUCAGAGCCCCACAAUCUACAGCAUUUCUUGGAAAUGCGCUUCAUCCGACAUCAAAACAUUACCUAAAAAAUCAAUUUGUGUGGCUAAUUGUGUAAAAUGAAUAGCGUAUUGUAGUCGUUGUUGGUGGUCCUGCUGUAAGUAUCCAUUAUGAUUUUGCAAGAGAUUAACUAUAACAUGCAGAAAGAAAAUAACAAUAAUAUUAAAAAAUAAAGAAGUUAAACGUGUUUAACAUUGGUAGGUAUUAUUUGGCCCACCCUGUACAUGCACAUGUAUAUGAAAAUAAACGAUCCCACCCGACCCAGAAACUUAUGUUAGCCGAUUUUACGAGUUUACGAUAGUUUCUCAUAUCCUCAA